AUGGUCCGCUUUGACAUUGUUGGGCUAAAUGACUGCCCCUGGUUCGCGAAAGCUGUCAAAUUAGCGGAUGAGAUUGCUGGGGCAAAUCCAAGGGUGGAGUUCCAUCACGAAAUGCUGGAUAAAUUUAAUUGGCACGAUUUUUGCGACAAAAUGAAGCAUCUGAGAGGUUGGGAUGUCCGAAAAUCUCCGGUUAUUUAUGAAGUCCUAGUUGAGUCAAACGGGAAGGCUUUGCUCAUUGGGGACUGCAACGAUUUUUGUGACUUCGCUGCCAUGUACUUUGACAUAUUUUAUGACCCCACGACUACAGCUUUACAAGGGAUGACAAUAACCAACAAAACGAGAUUCGGACAUGGAUUCGGCGGUCAUGAUCGCGGUGACGCUGCCGUGUUCAACAUUUCCAUUGUCAAUCCUCCUCUCAAACUGCUCGAAUUGUUGAUUGCACAACUGAUUUCUCCAAUAUCGAUGAUUCCACCCGGAGUGUUGCUGCAUAUCAAAGUGUUCCAACCUAAUCCAGACCACAGAGAAAUGGAAGGUCUUUUUAUGGAAAUUAUGGACAUGGUUUCACCAUCUCUGUUCAAAAUCUCGUUGUGCUCGACUCUCGUUCUCUGCUUGUACCAUUGCCACCUUCUCAUUCUGGUUGAGUAG